AUGGCUUCCGACGAAAUCGUGUGGUCCAUCAUCGGCACCGACUUUUGCAGCUACAAGCUCAAGACCACAAAGGACCAGACCUUCUGCCGCAACGAGCACAACGUCUCCGGCUUCUGCAGCAAGCAGUCGUGUCCGCUCGCCAACUCGCGCUACGCCACCAUCCGCUCCGACCCUGCCACCGGCGACCUCUACCUGUACAUCAAGGCCAUUGAGCGCGCCCACCUGCCGAGCAAGUGGUGGGAGCGCAUCAAACUGCCCAAAAACUACACAAAGGCCCUCGAGAUGGUCGACGCCCACCUGCAAUACUUCCCCAAGUUCCUCGUCCACAAGAACAAGCAGCGCCUGACGCGCCUGACCCAGGUCAACAUCCGCAUCCGCAAGCUGGCCAAGGAGGACGAGCGUCUGGGAGAGCGUCUGGUGCCCCGUCUGGCGCCCAAGAUCCGGAGGCGAGAGGAUGCCCGCGAGCGCAAGGCCCUGGCCGCCGCAAAGGUCGAGCGCUCCAUUGAGCGCGUGCUCAUCGACCGCCUCCGCUCCGGCGCCUACGGCGACCGCCCGCUCAACGUCGAGCCCAACGUGUGGAAAAAGGUCAUGAAGGGCCUCGAGAAGGAGGGCCAGCUCGAGCGCGACGAGGACCUCGACGACGGCGAGCAGUUCGACCAAGACGACGAGGAGAACGAGUACGAGUACGAAAACGACAACGGCGUCGGCCAGGUCGAGUACGUGAGCGACGUCGAAGGCGAGUCGGACGACGACAUGGAAGACUUUGAGGACUGGGUCGGCGGCCAGAGCCCCGACGAAGCCUCUGGCGACGACACCAACGACGGCGAGAGCGCCAGCGACGACAGCGACGGCGACGACAACGCCGGCGACGACAACGACGACGACGAGGCACUCAAGAAGGCGCUUGCCAACCUCAAGCGGAAACGCGCGGCCGCGCCUCCCUCGAAGCCGAAGAAGAAGCCAUUGAGAGAUGCAAAGGCCGCGAGGCGCGAGAUUGAGUACGAAAUCGAGAGGGAGCCCGCCGCGAGGGACACUGUGCGCAACUAA